AUGUUGAAUUGUAACGUAGAUUAUGAAAGAUUACCAUAUGGUGUAAUAGCAAAGCACUACUUAGUGGAGGGGGUGGAGGAGAGUGGUAAACCGGGUGAGGGGAAGGAUAGUUAUUGUGCACUGGAGGUGGAGGAGAUGGGUAUUUGUAUGGCUUUUUAUGUGGAGGUGGGGGUGGUGGUGGUGGAGGAGAGUGGUAGACUGGAUGAUGAGGGGGUGGGUGCUUGUGCACUAUUGGAGGUGGUGGUGAUGGGUAUUUGUAGGGCUUCUUUGGAGGUGGUGGGGGAGACUGGUACUUGUAAGGGGCUGGUGGUGGAGAUGGAUAUUGAUGAGGCUUCUUGUAAGGAGGUGGUGGUGGUGGAGAUACAUACUGGUUUCCUGAAAUUUCAGAUGGGAGACUGA